AGAUGUGGCCUCCUGUGCCCUGGUCUCGCCUGUGUUCCAGCCAGUCCUCUUGGGAGAAGGUGGAGCUGGCUGCCGCCUGCUGCUGGUGGAUUCACAGCAGAGCGGUGCGGGGGAUCGUAGUACCUCUUGGAGUGACUCCGCUGGCUUAUGGGACAUUGGCUUGGACCCUUUGUGACACCGUGCUACAUGGGACGAUGACAACUCAGAGAGAAAAAAGGCCCGAGGUCACCCUCGCUUGCCUCCUCUUAGCCGCAGCAGGCUGCUUUGCCGACUUGAACCAGGUCCCUCAGGUCACUGUCCAGCCUUCUUCCACGGUCCAGAAGCUCGGAGGAACGGUGAUCCUGGGCUGCGUCGUGGAGCCCCCGUGGAUGAACACCACCUGGCGCCUGAACGGGAAGGAGCUGAAUGGCUCAGAUGAUGCUCUGGGCAUCCUCAUCACCCGCGGGACCCUCGUCAUCACCGCCCUCAGCAACCACACCGUGGGACGGUACCAGUGUGUGGCCCGGAUGCCUGCAGGAGCCGUGGCCAGCGUGCCAGCCACUGUGACGCUAGCCACUCUCUUUAUCCGUAUUUGAGUCAGGUUCUCCAGAGAAGCAGAACCGCUUAUACAUACAAGUAC